CACUAGUUGGAUUAAGUUCAAGUGCAAUUUCCUCUGGUGAAGAUUGGGUAGAAGCAGCAGAAUUAAAAUCGCACGAGAGAAAUGCAGCUGUAAAAGCAAGAAAAAUGUCAAGUGCCCUUAAAAAUUAUGACUAGGAGAGUGUGUGGAAGGGCUAUGUCACCUAUAAAGAUUUGCAAUUCAGAGUCGCCAUGGAAGUGUUUGACGUGAAUAAACUGACCGAUUUUAUGAAGUCCGUUAUGCCUUUGUCAUUAGAAGUGGUAGGCAACAUCGAUAAAUCAGAAAUAGUUUGGAACUACUUGAAGAAAGUCAAAGAAACGAUCGACACAGAAGUUAUUUUUCUGCAAUGCACUCCUACGUCAUAUGCUGUCUGGAAUAUGUACCUGGCGUUCUGCAAAGCUUGCCAAGAUAUGGGCAUUGCCUUCUUAGGAGGUGUUUCAAGCCCUAUCAAGAAUUUGUAUCUCUUUCCCAUUUUGAAAGGCAGGCCCAUUCCAAAGGAAUUGGUAUCUUUAUCUUCCGGCAUCAAUUUGUUGGAGAACCGGGCUUCAAGUUUAUUAUUGGGAAUUUUGGUCAUGUGCAAGGGGCAACACAAAUUAUAUGAAAAUAGUCGGCCCCAAAAUGUGAUUCCAAUGGAUAAGAAAACUGGACCGUCUUCUUCGAACCAGCCGCUUAAUCGUGCAGUUGUUAACAUCCGUCAACAAGUCAAGCAGAAGUAGGACAUUCUUCGUGUUAAUCCAAUCAAAACCAAACCUGAUUCAUCUCAACAAGAAGCAACUCCACCCAAGGUUGCAAAAACAAGAAACUCCGAGUCUACUACCAGGGCGUUAGCAAGAUUUGCAUUGAAGGAGGCAAUGUGGGGUUGCUGUGAAAGGACAAAAGAUCUAGUGGCAGACGAAGCCAACGUAAAAAAAAUUGCUACUGAGAUAGAAGAGUCCCUCUUUGCCUUCCUAAACAAAGACUACGGUCCCAAGUACAAAAACAAAUAUAGGUCUUUUAUUAAAUAAAAUCUAUAGGAUCUCAGAUAAAUAUAAUCUACAAUUGCUACGCGAUGUCAUCACCAAGAAAAAUUUCACCAGGUGAGUUUCUUAUUAUCUCCAACUAUUUUUUCAUUUUAAAUUAUCGUUCAUUUGCUUUCAUUUAAAAGUCUUUAAUGCUGUCCUAACUGAACGAUUUAUCGAUUAGUCUAUCCCAUCCAGUCCAGCUCUGGCAGGGGUAUGGAGAGAGG